AAUAACAACAUGGUUUAUGUACAGAACAUCGCUAAGCAGCUAGCCUCAAUGAGAAGCUAAACAUAGAGAAGGAUUACUAGUCCAGCCACUUGACCAUUUGCAUCAAAUUCGUGCAUAAACCUAAACAGCACUUCGCCUUUUCCUUCCUCUCUUAGGUGUAUAUUAGUCGAACGAGUAUUGGAUGCUAGCAAGCAAUCAAGCUAGGAACCCACCACCUUUAAACUUUAGCUUCCUCCCUUCUUGUUAGAUCUGAGAGAUCUAGAGAGAGAGAGAGAGAGAGAGAGAGAGAGAGAGAGAGAGAGAGAGAGAUGGGAAGGGGGAAGAUAGAGAUUAGGAGGAUAGACAACUCGACGAGCAGGCAGGUGACGUUCUCCAAGAGGCGGAACGGGCUGCUCAAGAAGGCCAAGGAGCUCUCCAUCCUCUGCGAUGCGGAGGUUGGACUCAUCGUCUUCUCCAGCACCGGCAGACUCCACGAGUUCUCCAGCACCAACAUGAAAGCUGUGAUAGACCGGUACACCCAGGCAAAAGAGGAGCAGCUUGACGUGAACAAUGCAACUUCAGAAAUUAUGGUACGGUGAGAAAAAAGUCCCCAUAUAUUACUACUAUAUAGUAAUCUAGUUAAGUAGUACUUACCAUUGUGCUUUGGUGAGAGAACACAUGUGAUGUUGGUGUGACCAAGGUCAGAUUUUACUCUUUAAUUAAUGUUUCUUUUCUAAUUAGUAUGGUUUUGCCU